AUUCUACAUUCUGCAUCUAAUGGAGGUUAAACAUACGGAAACAAACAGAGGGAAUAAAGCUAUUAUCGUUGAUGGCUACGUCUACAGGAAAAUCAAUACCCUGAAAAAUGGUAAUAUUGUAUACAUUUGUAGUGUGUCCAAAAAUUGUAAAAAGUCAUUGACGACAGAUUCUGACGGUGUUAAUGUAGUGAAAUCAAGGAACCAACACAGCUGUAAAAACGAACCUAACGAAAGAAAAGCCGAAGCGAGACAACUCCGAGUUCGUCUUAAAAAGCAAACCCAGGACUACAUAAAAAGCCCUGCUGCAGUGGUCAAAUCGGAAUUAACAAGAAUUGAAGACAGCAAUCUGCAGGAUAGAGACAUUCGAAAUGCUUCGAUGGCCUUGUAUAGACAUCGUCGGAAGAACUUGAUAACAGUGUUAGAAAGCAUAGCCCCUCCCCAAGCACCACUUGAGAGAGUACUUACAACCUCGCAAAGCGGAGAGGUAAAAAUGAGUAAUCUGGGGCGCAUAUUCAAGUACACAAACUGUCGCCUUAUCAGAGGUGGUGACCUGAUUACAGAUGACCUCUGGGUCAGAGAUGGAAUCAUUGUCAACCCAGAGGAGAUCUUCUUCCAGGAGAAAGUCUCUGCAGAUGUUGUUGUAGACUGCAAAGGAGCCAUCAUAUGUGCAGGAUUUAUAGAUGUACAGAUUAAUGGAGCAUUUGGUGAAGAUUUUUCAAAUACAGACAACAUUGAGGACUGUGUGUCAAAAGUUGCAUUUGGAAUUCUAGCACAUGGAGUAACCUCUUUCUGUCCCACUAUUGUCACAUCGAGUGGAUCCACAUACAAACAGGUUGUACCAAGAGUAAAGAAGAGGAAUGGCAGUGAAGAAGGGGCAGGCAUUUUAGGUUUGCAUUUGGAGGGUCCAUUUAUCAGCAAGGAGAAGAGAGGUGCACAUGAUGUGGAUUUAAUCCAGACAUUUAACAACGGAAUGUCUGAUGUAACAAAAAUCUACGGAGAAGAUCUGAGUAAUGUUGCUAUAGUAACACUGGCUCCAGAGCUGGAGAGAUCUGCAGAAGUUAUCAGGGAACUAGUGUCCAGAGGGAUCAAAGUCUCUGUUGGACAUUCUGUUGCAAACCUGAUUCAGGGAGAAGAGGCAGUUAACAGUGGUGCUACAUUUAUCACCCAUUUGUUUAACGCUAUGCUACCAUUCCACCAUCGUGACCCUGGUUUGAUUGGCCUGUUGACCAGUAAAAGGGUCCCCAGUGAUGUUCCGUUCUAUGGUGUGAUAUCAGAUGGCAUCCACACACAUCCAGCAGCUCUCAGAAUUGCGUACAGGGUUGACCAGCGAGGUAUGGUGCUUGUGACAGAUGCUAUUUCAGCGAUGGGGCUCCCAGAGGGGGAACACAGGUUUGGCUCCCAGACAAUGGAAAUAAAGGGACGAAGAGCUGUCAUCAAGGGCACCCAAACACUAUGUGGCAGCAUAGCAACAAUGGAUAUGUGUGUUCAGCACCUCAGAAAAUCCACAACUUGUGGGACAGUUAAGGCUCUGGAGGCUGCCACCUUCCACCCCGCCCACUUCCUAGGAAUCACUGACAGGAAAGGAACUCUGGACUUUGGGACUGAUGCUGACUUUAUAUUAUUAGAUGACGAUCUCAAAGUUCUAGCCACCUACAUAGGAGGGGAAUGUGUAUGGAGCAGACAGGAAUUGGAAUGAUGUCUACAAAAAAUAUAUCUAUAGGCUAUACUUUUAUUUCAGUUAUCUCAUUAUAAUAGCUAUAAUAUUAUUUUUUUUAUGGUUUGUAAAGAGUACAGGUCUGCACUGCCUACUAUAUUUUUUGAAUAUAUUUUGAGAUGUUUAUUAUUUUGUUGGUGCUUUAAACUAGGAUUUUGUUUUAAAAAUCAUAUUUGUCAAAACAAAUAAGUAUAUGCAUUAGUAUUCUUAGAAAAGGCAAACCAAAAAUUGGGAAGUGUUUUUGCUAUUUUCUAUAAUACCUCAUAUAUGUACAUGUAUACAUGUAUGUAACGUGAAAGACAUUCAUGGAAGUCAAAACACCUAUAUGUAAUUGUGAUUCUUAUUCCUGAUUUUAUUGUGGUCAUUAUAAUUUUGGUAUGCCACUUUAAGCAUUACUGUCUGAUUUAUCUGAGUAGAAUGUAUACUGUUCACAUGAGAAAAAGACAUGUCCAUGUAUGUUUAUAAACAAAACAAUUUUUGAUUUUAUUUGGUUAACAAUAUCCUUUAUAGAAAAAUAUUCUCCUCACCCCUUUGUUCAGGUGAAUAUUGCCCUUACAACUAAGGACCCUCUAAACACUGCAAACUAUAGAGUUAGAACUAUAAAUAUUUAUACAGUUAGAGUUAUCUGCCCUUAGAUCUAAAAUACAAUACCGGUAAUUAAAGCCAAUGGUGUAUUUCUCAAUUUAUGAUCAAUUCAAGCAUUCCUAACAUUGUAUUAGGCAAUUUAUUAGCAUAUAUUUCCCCCAUUUUAUUUAAGUAAGUAUCAUUAAUUUUUGUUUCUCAGUGGUUCAUUCACUGACAUUUUUUCUCGAGGGA